AUGUCUAACUCGGCCCCACCUCAACCUCCCCAGGCUGGUGGCCUUGGUGCAGGGCAGGGCAGCCAAGGCCCACCAAAUAUUGCCGACUACCUUCGUCAACCCGGUUGGCGGGAGCCGCACUGUCCCCGGUGCGCAUACCGGGCUGCCAAUGUGGGAAAGGCUUUGCGGAAAUAUCUCCCUACGGUCAACAUUUUGAAAGCGCGCGAUGUCGAGUUCCACUACCCGCCCGGGAGAGGCUUUGAAGAAUCGAGUGCUAGACUAUGGAAGAGCCUACCUGACCUCGCUGGCCACUGUCUUGAUCUUGAUGCGAAACCCAACUCGUGGGACAUUGGACUCCGAAAAGUAGAACAAGCGUCCAGAGACUUUUUGGCUUGCUGGCAUGAGGUCUGUAGGCAACACGGCAAAGACUUGUUGCAAAUGAGCGCCCAGGAGUUGAGGCAAAUGGGAUGCACGUCCGUUGUAACCGUCCCUGUCGUCGGGAAGCCCAUGGCAGCAAAAUCAACAUCAGCCGUACCCAGACCAGACGGACCCGGUGUUAGUCUAGGAAGUGUCUUGGACGAAGUUCAAAAGAUGGGAAAGGACUUCAACAAGUUUGCCAGCAAAUUUCACAGCCAUGCCGAGAACACGAAGACGGAGAUCGAGCUCCUCAAUGACACUACGGCACAGCUCGAAGCCGACUUUGCGAAAAUUCAGAUCCAGGACAGGGACCUCGCCACCUCUUUGGAGGGUCACUCCGAGAAGCUCAUGAGCGAGAUCAAGGAGUUGGCGCAGUUUGUGAAAGCCCAGAGUAGGACGCUUUCGGCGGUGAAGAUCCAGGUGGACCGGCUCGCCAUCAACUUCAGCAGAGUUGCUUCUGCGGCCUUGGCCACGGCUGGUACGGGUGAACAGCGCGAGUAG